AUGGCACCAAAUGGUUACAAGAAGAUCUCCUCCACCAGUGACUCUGCCGAGAAAGUAAGUUUUGUUUCUUUCCUCUUGUUGCAAUGGAUGAACGAUGUCGUGAAGACAGGCAGUAAACGAACCUUAGAGGAAGGAGACUUUGUACCACUCUCAAACGAGAACACCUCACAGUCAGCCACAGAGCUUCUUGACAAAAAAUGGAAAGGAGAAGUAGCUAAUUCCAUUAGGAAGAAGAAAAGACCGAAGUUGUGGAAAAAUGUCUUGAGGAUGAUUUCCCUCAGGGAAGCUGUUUUCGUUGUUUGCUGUGAUGUCUUGUACGCAAUCAGCUCCCUCCUUUCACCAUUGCUCGUUGGACAUCUGAUUUUCAUGUUAAUGUCACCUGAAACACAUCAGAACAACAUCCUUCAUGGAUGCGUGUUAGCAAUUGCGAUGGCUGUAACCACUUUAGUCGGGAGCCUCGGAAUGCAACAUUACGGUUACGCGGGUGAAAUAAUGGGCAUCAGACUGAGUAACGCAGUGCAAGGUCUCGUUUACAGGAAGAUCUUACUGCUUAGCAAGAGCUCAUUGUCAAAGUUUUCAGCGGGGCGUGUGAUCGACCUGCUGUCAAAUGAUGUUCAGCGGAUGGAGACAGCACCUAAAUGGAUUUUAGCAAUAAAUUCAGCCAUACUCCAAAUUGUGCCUGCAACGUUUAUAAUCGUGUAUCUGAUUGGCUGGCAGGCUCUUAUGGGAGAGAUAUUUCUCUGGCUUCUUCUACCGUAUUACGCAGAGAUGUCUUCUGUCAAUGCCGCACUGCGUCUGCGUUCAGCGGCGGAAUCUGAUAUGCGAAUUUCUUUGACGAAUCAAGUGGUUUCUGGGAUACGUGCUAUCAAAGCGCAUGCGUGGGAGGAUGAAUUCAGAAAAAAAAUAAAACACACACGAAAACGAGAAAUAAGCAUCAUCCGUAAGAAAAGUGCCAUUCUCUCAG